AUGGCUAUCCUCUUGUUCAUAGCUUCCGUGUUUGGAGCGCUGAUACUCUAUAUUUUCGGUGUUAUAGUCUACCGCCUUACCCUUCACCCUCUGGCCUCCUACCCUGGCCCUUUCCUUGCCAAAAUCACAGACAUAUACCUCGCUUACUACGCCUACAAAGGCUCGCGACAUCUCGCUUUUCACCGCGCACAUGAGCAAUAUGGCCCCUAUGUGCGCCUCGGACCCAACCUGCUGUCAGUCAACACGGCAACCGGACUGAAAUCCAUCUAUGGCUUCCGCUCCAAUGUAAAGAAGGCAUCGUUUUACGAAGCGUUCCCCAGCACACCAAAGGCAGUCAGCGUGCACAGCGCGAUUGACAAGAUGCAACAUGCGCGCAAGAGGAGAGUCAUGAGCCAUGCCUUUAGCGACGCCGCAAUCAAGAGUUUGGAAAAGUACAUUCUAGCUAAUGUGCGUGUUGGCUGCGAGCUGCUUGGACGCAAGAGCAACAACUGGUCCGAGAAGAGCAUGGGUAACGAGAAAGACGGUGGCUGGAACGAUGCCUGGAAUACCGCGCACUGGUGUGAGUGGCUCGUCUUCGACAUCAUGGGCGACCUCGUCUUUGGCAAGGCUUUUGGCAUGCUGGAAAGCCCUGCCAACCGCUUCGCAACGGAACUGGUGGGAAAUGCGGCUCAUCGCCAUUUGAUCUGUGGCACGCAUCUCACCAUCCACAACUGGCAUUUGGAUAAGCUGUUCUUCCGCAAGAUUGCCGGCCAGCGCGCACAGUACAUGCAGUACAGCAAAGGCCAGGCUAUGGAGCGCACAAAAUUGGGCCUCGAUGUUGAUCGCAAAGACUUCUUUUACUAUCUGCUCAACGCAAAGGAUCCCGAGACGGGCAAGGGCUUCAGCAUGGAUGAGCUGUGGGGCGAGUCGAAUCUGCUGAUUAUUGCUGGCUCAGACACGACGUCCACGGCCAUGGCCGGCACAAUGUUCUACCUCGCAAACAACCCUGUGGCCAUGCAAAAGGUCUGCAAGGAGAUCCGCGAAACCUUUACUGAUGUCGAGGAAAUCGUGACUGGGCCCAAACUCAGCGGCUGCUCGUUCCUGCGCGCCUGUAUCGAUGAAACGAUGCGCAUGACGCCCCCGGUAGCUGGUGCUCUUCCACGACAAGUCCUCACUGGAGGCAUGGACAUUGAUGGCCGUCACAUUCCCGCCGGAGUCGAUGUCGGCGUCCCCAUCUACACAAUCCAUCAUAAUGCCGAUUACUUUCCUCAGCCAUUCGACUACAUCCCCGAGCGCUGGCUCUCAGAUGCGUCGGUCAACCCACAUCACAAGAGUCUCCAGGCAGCCCAGUCGGCAUUCAACCCUUUCAGCAUUGGCCCUCGCGGAUGCAUUGGCAAGGGUCUUGCAUAUGUUGAAUUGACCGUGACAAUCGCGAGAGUUUUGUACUUGUAUGACCUGAGGCUAGCUCCUGGCACGAGGCUGGGUGCAGGAAGCAGGGAGCUCGAGGAGGGCAGGAAUAGGGAGACUGAAUACCAGAUCCAGGAUGUGUUUGCGAGUAAGAAGGAUGGACCAAUUCUGCAGUUCCGCGCCAGAGUGUAGUUAGGGCAAUAGUAGCAUAUUAUGAAUUCCCACCUUAUUGAUGGU